AUGAAGACCCUUUCCUCAAUAAAUCACCCUUCAUUCCCGAUUGAAAAAAUCAUGAGCUCCGGUGCAAAUCCUUCUCUGCCCACUUCGAUCCACCUUUUCGUUAAAGCUUCGCUGGAGAGGCGGGAUCCGCACAGCGAAAGCACCGGCAGCGUGUCGGUGAACUCGCCCGAGAAAAAAAAAGGGAGAAGAAAGGCGACCUGGGGCGAAAUGCGUGAUUUGUAUUCUGGUGCUACUGUCUCGUUCAACUUGAUUUGUUUGGGAUUGUCCACAUCUGAAGCUGGCCCUUCGCAAAGUAAACAAGGAGAAGCAAAGUGGCCUCCAGAGAAUGAGGCUCGGUUCAUAUCGUUGAUGUUGGAUCAAGUUAUCCUGGGGAACUGCAUCGAGCAGAAGUUCAAAAAAUGCAAUUGGAUGGAGAUCCAAAAAAGAACUGAACGAUAUAUGUGGUCCAUAAUAUUAUUACGAGAUAACACAAAUCACGAAUACGGGAUUCGGUUGGGAUCUGCCACUGGGAAGAUCACAGGCGGUGACGAACUUUGGGCCCGGUGGAUCACGGACAAGGACAUGAGGAAAAGGGUGUGCGUGCACUACCGUGAGCUAACCACAAUUUUCAACGGGACAACUGCAACUGGGAGCGGUGCAAGGGCAUCUACACAAACACCCAAUGAAAAUGGCAGGCGUCGGAGAACAAACUCGGCAGUGACGCCGAAUUAUUUGUUUCCUGAUGAGUUAAGUGAUGAGCCAAUGAAUACCCCAGCCAGUGAUCGGUGCACUCGUCGCCGUAGAGGGACCACUUCCACCUUUGACACGGCCAUGAAUUCUAUUACUGAAGCAAGCCGCAUAAUCUAG